UGAUGUUUUGGUGACCAGAUGAUCAGCUGACCCCAUGAAGGUUCCAUGGUGGCCAUUAUCAAUGUUCAGUCCCAACCACAGCUUCUGGUCACUGGUUCCAUGAUCCACUGGCUUUGACGGAGUCAGCUCUCUUCACCUCGCACCUCGGUUGCUUCAGAGAAUACACAUGGAGUGCCUGCUCAACCACAGACCCAACUCAUCCAAUAACUUUGGACAGAAUCACUCUAAAGAAAGUGACAAGACAUCCGAAAUUCACCAACUAGCAGACUUGGACGAGACCUUACAUAACAGGUUCUAUGGUCUUUGGGUAGCCUUGUUAGUCAUCAACACCCUUAUCUUCCUGGUGGGUAUAAUAUUGAACAGUUUGGCCAUCUACGUGUUCUGCUUCCGAACCAAAGCGAAGACCACCUCUGUCAUCUACACCAUCAACCUGGUGGUAACGGACCUCUUGGUGGGCCUCUCUCUACCGACACGAAUUGUCAUGUACUACAACGUAGAGGCCUGCCACACCUGCUACUUCGUUCACAGCUUCACGUACUUUGUCAACAUGUACUGCAGUAUUCUUUUCCUGACUUGCAUCUGCGUGGACCGCUACAUGGCCAUCGUGCAAGUGGAGGCCUCGCGCAAGUGGAGAAACCCCAACUAUGCCAAGUGUAUCUGCAUUUUUAUCUGGAUAUUUGCUGUGGUCGUGACUUUCACCAUACUGACCACGACCAUAAAACACCCCUAUUGUUGUCUUUUCCAGCUCUUCACGCUGACCGCCUUUGAGUACUUUGUCCCUCUGAUAAUCAUCACUUUCUACACCCUGCGGAUCAUGUGGGCUUUGUCUAGGUCAACGCUGAUGAACCAAAGCCGAGAGAGGCGGAUGAAGGCGGUACAGCUCCUCAUAACCGUGCUGAUUAUCUUCACAGUUUGUUUCACGCCCAUCCACGUUAGUCAAGUGGCCUUCUGCGCCAGUGGCGCCAUGUCUCGAGAUGUCAUCCUCAUUGUCUACCACGUCACAGUAACCUUGAGCAGCCUCAACAGCUGUAUGGACCCCAUUGUCUAUUGUUUCGUCACCAACAACUUCCAGUCCACCAUGAGAAGUAUCUUCAGGAAAAAUCGUCCAGAGCCAACCAGUAUGGAUAUCUUAAGUCUACACAAGAACUCCAAAAGUUCGGGAACAGCUUUCUCGGCUAUUUCAAAUGCCAUAGUGACUUUACCUUUUCAGAGCAGUAAUAUUAUCUAGUGGGAUGGUCACCGCCAUCCUCCAUUGGACAUAGUGGUGGUACGGGCACUGACCAGGCCAAACAAAGAUGUUCCUCAGCUUUGGCCACCAAACUUUUCAUGGGGAAUCCAUAGUAUUCCUCAGCCUAGUAGGAG